CAAUUCUCUUCAGUUGCAAAGAACAGAAGACGGCAAUUUGUGCUCUAUAAAUGUGCGAGAGGCAAAAGAACACAAACAGAAAGAACAGAAAUAUUUGGAAAGAAGAACAGGGGAAAAGAGCCCACAAGCACGGAUGACUGCAGGACAUCUGGCCAGUUCUACAUACCAGGAAAACGUACAAUCCUGUCUUGAAGAUCAACACAGCUAUUGUAUUAAUGGUAUCUGCAUAUUUAAUAAGGAACUACAGGUGCCCACCUGCAGGUGCCUCACAGGUUACAGUGGCGAGAGAUGUGAACAUUUGAUGUUGAACUCCCAUGCGCAGGACCCUUAUGACCAUUACAUUGCUGUCGGGAUUGGGGCUGGAAUAUUGCUAAUAGGUAUUUUUGCUGCCAUCUACUGCUGCCUAAGAAAAAGGUACAGAAAAACCAGACUCCUCCUACAAAGUCUGCCAUGAGGAGACAGCACUGUGAAGGUCUUCUGGGUGGUGUAUGUGUUUGCUGAUGAACUAGGUGUGGUGGCCAAAGAAAACCAGAGUCGGCAAAAGACUUUGUGGGCUGCUAGCUGCUAAGAUCCUUCUUGCCUGCCUUGUCCUUAGCUUCUGAGCAGAACGUUGCAGAGGCCUUGCGCCAUGGACGAGGCGAAAUAUGUGCUCUGUCCUCCCGAGUGGCACUGUUGAUCUGUGUGGUUCAAUGUUGUCCCCUCCGAGUGGUAGUUUUCUGCAGAGUCUUGGGUCUCUUUUUUGCAUCUAGAGAUGUGGGGGACUGAACUUGGCUUGCCGAUCGGAAGGUCAGCGGUUCGAAUCCCCGCGACGGGGUGAGCUCCCGUUGCUCUGUCCCAGCU